AUGGGCAAACACAAGAAUGCUGGUCGCUCCCUGUUGGAGAGCUUCAUGUACUCAAAUGGUGACAUUGGCGACAACGGUGAAGAGGAGCAAGUACCACUUCCAGAUUCCAUGAGAGCAUCAACACUAUUGGAGCAAAUCGGCAAAGAACGAUCGUGGACCGAUGAUCAAAUAGACCGUGACCUCAAUAUCUUGGAUGACAAUCGAUUAUACUUUGUGCGUGAUCUCCGUGCAUUAUCCAACCAUAGCUGGACAGUGAUUGAAUUGCUGCCACUCGUUCGGGAUCUUUUGCGAACAGCUGUCGACCCUGACUGGGAGAGACGUUAUUAUAAAAUCAAGGAUAAAGAAAAAAAGAAGAAGGACAAGAAGGACAAGAAGAAGAAAAAGUACAAAAAGAAUGAUUUCAGCAGCAACACAAUGCAGCUUGGUGAACCUGUGAUUGCAGACGAUGACCGCCAUGAAAGUGAUAGUUCGUCUUCAUCCUCCUCAUCAUCAUCAGCCAGUGACAACCAAGACGAGAAGCAACAGAAAUCCUCUGCAUCAGCAGCAACCGCAUUCACUGGACGACCCAUCAAAGCUGUAAGCUCUAGCAGGAUCCAUGUACGCACUACGGCGGGGAAAAUUUAUGAAUGCGAUCGUCGCUGUCCUCACAAAGGCGUUGACCUGGCAACAUGGGGCCAAGUAUUGGGCAACAAACUCAUUUGUACAAAGCACAAUUGGCAAUUUGAUCUCGAUGGUUCUGGUGUCGGUCCAAAAGGGCGAACUGUGCAUCCAUGCAGCGUUAAUGAUUGGUAG